AUGGAUUGCGGUCCAUACGGAUUCGUUUGCGAGAGCGCGACUAAAUUAAGAUUGUGUGACGGUCGAAAUCUAUUCGGACCUGGCUUCAUCUGUCCAGCGAACACGAUAUGUAACGAGGAAUCUGACGAUGUUUGUGAGAAUACUAUGAACUACGUAGAUUCGCCUUUAACACGAACAAUUCGAUGCCAUCGAAGCGAAAGAAUCGCUGAUCCCAGCGUACCAGACUGCAAGGGCUACAUCCUUUGCAUUCCAAACAAAAAUCGCUUCCAGGGGAUAAAGUUUAAAUGUUCUGGUAACACCGUUUUCAGUGGAUACACCCGUACUUGUACUACAGCUGACAGAUACAAAUGUCCAAUUCACAGUACGACAAAGACGCCACCUCAGAUUUAUAACAACGGGCAUAGGGAGGGUGAAACCAGUGUCGGUUCUUAUGGACAACCGCAAGUGGACGGUCAUAGGGCAAUUGAUUGUAAAAGUUAUAAAUUUACACUUACACAAGACACUCAGCCGGUGAAAGUUACUUAUUUUUGCCCUUCAAGACCCGCUAACGGAGAAUCGUCCAUAAGAUGUACCGUUUUCUCAAACCAUUUCUGCAUCACAUUGGAAAGAGAUCACGAAGACCAAUUCAUUGAGAACUCCGGUGUAGCAUAUCGAAAACCUCGUACAAACGUUUAA